UUCAGGCAUCGUAUCCUGUUUCUAGCCUACCUACCAUCACCGCAGUUCAGCAUGUUUUCAACGCCAUAUCUUCACGGGUAGGUGAAAAGAAAGAAGGGAUCGAGUCAAUACAACCCUAACCCUUGCAAUCAAUUGGCUUCACAAGCCUCGGCAUCUCUCUAGGGGUAGCUUUGUUAGCGGGGCGUUUCACCAAAAGUGAAAGCUCAUCAAACUCGAAUCUCACCACCAUUCAACAUCAUCAUCCCUUCAGUCAAGCGCGAAAAUGACUGGCCCUCUACCUGGACAGAAGACCGUUUUGAUCACUGGCUGCACGCCAGGCGGCAUUGGUCAUGCCCUCUGCCUCGAGUUUCACAAGCAAGGCGUACAUGUCAUCGCCACGGCGCGUAACCCAGCCGUCUUGGCCGAGAUGGCCGACAUGGGCAUGAGCACCCUCGCCCUCGACGUCACCAACCCUCAGAGCAUCAAGACCUGCCACGAGGAGGUUGCCCAGAUCACCGGCGGCAAGCUUGACAUUCUCGUCAACAACGCCGGCCGCACCCACACCCACCCCGCCACCGACAUCGAUCUCGACGACGUCCGCGAGACCUUCGAGACCAACGUCUUCGGCGUCAUGGCCAUGUGCCAAGCCUUCGCCGACCAGCUCAUCGCCGCGAAGGGUCUGAUCAUCAACAUCGCCUCGCUCGCCGCCAUCACCCCCUACGUCUUUGGAUCCGUCUACUGCGCCACCAAGGGCGCCGUGGUCUCCUACUCGCGCACUUUGCGGCUGGAACUCAAGCCCUUCGGUGUGCGCGUCAUGACCACCAUGACGGGAACCGUCCAGUCCCAAAUCGCCUCCAAGACGCACCGCACCUUGCCGGAGAACAGCAUCUACAUGCGCGUCAAGGAGUUCUUUGAGCGCAGGUUGACGUUUUCGCAGAACAAUGCUACUUUGAAGACAGAGGAUUAUGCGAGGAAGUUGGUGAAGAAUGCGCUCAAGGGGGAGAUGCCUCUGGGUCUGAGGAGCUGGUUUGGAAGGGCGGAUUAUUUCUGGGCGGGCGGGUGGGCGAGGCUUGUCUGGACGGGCACGUUCUUUGGCGAUUGGUUGUUGGAUUUGGUCAUGUAUCGCAUGUUUAAGAUGAAUGUGUUGGAGAGGGUGUUGGCGCAGGAGGAGGCGCAGAAGAAGUUGAACUGAGCCGUAGGCAGGAUGAUGAUGAAGUGGAUGUGCUACUUUGGUUGGCUUAUGGACGGUGGCUGGAGAGCUGUACAAGGCGCAUUGGGUACCUACCAAUGGGCGAGUGCUCAGUCUGGCCCGUGGUGGGUGGGCUGACUCGGUGUAACAACGA